AUGUCUUCCUACGCGCUUGAUGAAGCUAAGCCUGGUGUUGUGCAAGAAGUUCAAGUCACCACUUCUUCCGGAGUUAAUCUUGACCAAGAAAAUGGAGAUAUGAACCUGACAGAGCGAGGGAAGUUAUCGGAGAAAGACUACGCAAGUAAAGUCCAAGAUGAGGCAACUCUGGCUGUAUUUGGAAAAAAGCAACAGCUCAAGCGAAGAUUUAAAUCUCUGUCUUCCGUGGGCUUAACUUGUGGUUUGAUGUUGACAUGGGAAGUUGUUUUAUUUACUCUUCAAUUCGGUUUACAAAAUGGCGGCCCUGCUGGAUUAAUCUACGGAUUUCUAGCGGCAUGGUCCGGAGCUAUGCUUCAAGCAUUGGUUAUGGCUGAGAUGGCGUCAAUGAUUCCUCUCGCUGGUGGGCCUUUUAAUUGGGUUGCCAUUUUGUCUCCCCCUUGGUGCAAGAAGUUUCUUAGCUACUUGGCAGGAUGGCUUACUGUUAUUUGUUGGCAAGCCUUUGUUGCAGAAACAUGCUAUACUGUCGCUUCGUUGAUCCAAGGUCUCCUGAUUCUCAACUAUCCAGACUAUGAUCCGAAAUUGUGGCAAGCGACUCUGCUUUUCUAUGCCAUCGCUCUCUUUGGUGUUUUCAUCAAUACUUAUCUGGGUCGUCUUCUACCGCGUAUCGAAGCUAUGAUGCUUAUUCUGUAUAUCUUGGGAUUCAUUGGAGUGCUCAUUCCUAUAGUUUAUUUAUCGCCUCACACACCCGCUGAUAAGGUCUUUACCACUUUUCAAAACCUGGGUGGAUGGGAUAGCAUGGGUCUUUCGUUUUUUGUUGGAUGGAUUACAUCUGUCAGUUCCUUUGUAGGAAAUGAUGGCGCUGAUCACAUUGCCGAAGAAAUCAACCAGGCAUCGAGAGUCAUACCUUUCAGCAUUUGGUUCUCAACCUUGUUCAAUGGCAUCCUGGGUUUUUCUAUGAUGAUAGCAGUAUUGUUUGGUAUCCAAGAUAUCGUCGCCGCUACUCAGUCAAACACUGGUUUUCCUUUCAUGGAGAUAUUUCAGACUGCAUUAGGGUCAAGAAAAGGAGCCAAUGCACUGAUAAUUGUGAUUACCGGAGUAAACGUUUUUUCCGUCAGCAGUGUCUUGGCCACAGCAUCUCGAACUUUAUGGGCUUUUUCAAGAGAGAAUGGACUGCCAUUCUCUCAUCUCCUUGUGAAGGUUAAUCCCAAAACCCGACUACCAAUCAACGCAAUCAUAGGAACACUUAUAAUCAACGUACUACUAGCACUAAUAAGUGUCGGCUCAUACACCGCAUUUGGAGCAUUCUAUUCUGUUGUUUUGGCCGCGUACCAGUCAUCUUUCUUGCUAGCCGCCAGUGUGAUGCUAGCAAAAAGAUUAAAAACACCAGCGUCCGAAAUGCUAUGGGCUCCUUUCCGACUCAAGAAGCUAGGUGUACCCAUUACUGUUGUAGCUAUAAUCUACACUAUUAUCGCAUUGUUUUUCUCGUUCUGGCCUGCUUUCUCGAAGGUGGACGCGGCGAAUAUGAAUUGGAGCUGUUUAAUUUUUGGCGGGGCCGUUAUCUUUAGUAUGAUUUUCUGGCUGUUGCAUGGACGGAAAGUCUAUGUAGGUCCUAUAUGGGAGUUUGAGGGUCAUUUUGUCAGAGUAAAGUGA